AACUCAAUCCCAUAAUCCCAUACUACUUGCCAUCCAUGAAAACGGAUUCAGAUCGAAAGAGGAAGAGUGAUUCGGUGACGUCUACGGAUCGAGCGGAGAAGGUCAAGAGGAAGACCGAGAUGUCGUCGUCCUCCGUUUCCGGCGACAAGGUUAGGGCUUCGCACAUACUGAUAAAGCAUCAGGGCUCGCGUCGCAAGGCAUCAUGGAAAGAUCCGGAAGGAGACGCCAUCUGCAAAAGGACCAAAGAAGACGCCGUUGCUCAGCUCAAAUCCCUUCGCGAAGACAUCGUCUCCGGCAAGGCCGACUUCAAGGACGUAGCCUCCCGCUACUCCGAUUGCAGUUCCGCCAAACGCGGCGGCGAUCUCGGUAAAUUUGGGAGGGGUCAGAUGCAGAAACCUUUUGAAGCAGCAACAUAUGCGCUAAAGGUUGGUGAGAUAAGUGACAUUGUAGAUACUGAUAGCGGUUCUCACAUUAUCAUGAGAACAGGUUGAUGGAUGAGCCAUAUGCUCCAGUGACAUGGUGAAGUAAUAGUUUGUUUAUCAUUUAUCAAGCACAUUAAGAAAGACCUUGGAUAUGAUAUUUGAUUUUAAUGCAGGAAACCUUUUAAUUUUUAUGCCUA